AUGCCGUUCUGGUUGCGCUCGGCGAACAGCACCUUCCACGGAGAGCUGGCGAAGCCUAAAGGUCAUCACGCGAUUGUCAGGCGGCGCAAUUGCGGAGACAAGUAUAUGAUCAUGGAAUCUGUACGAUAGCGACGCGGAAACAGCUGCCGCAGCGGAGACAGUUGGCGCAAUGAGCCUCACGUCAAAGGCGCCCAAUCCGGAGAAGGGCAGGAAAUAUUAUGCAUCACUCGAUCAGGCAUUGUGUAAUGGUAAUUGGACGGAGGUGCCGGAGUUGGCGAGGAAGACGGACAAGCAUGCGCCGGAAAGGGGAUGUUUCACUCUUACGGCACGAACUGAGGCCCAGAUAGCGUCUGCCUCACACCGACCGACAUCUGCUUCAUCAUCCGAGACGGCAAGUAUUCACAGCUUGAGCGAGGCGUUACCGAAGCUCAAAGAAGCCGUCCAUUCGAGGAACGUAGAUCCGGAGGACGUAUACUGCGCAAGCACCUGCAUUGCCGAAAUAUACUGGUUGCAAGACGAUGCGGCUGCAGCUGUGGCAGCGCUGCCAAAGGAAAACGUACAUUCCCGACCUACGGGCAAUCAUGCCGCGCCAUUGGGUUGGCUAGAGGUGUGUGCUGCCAAAGCUUCGUUCAUACGAGCAGCCGCUCUUGAGGCAAAUGGAUCAGGACAAGAUAUACAGGAUGUGUACCGUGCUGCAGCGACGCAUGCUCCUGGCUCCCGUUCACCCGAGCUCAGGCGAUGGACUGAGCGCCUUCUCGCCCGAGCGUGCAUGUAUAACUUCAACCGAGCGCUAACGCCAACACUGUACGAGCUGAACGACGCACUUAUAUCCUUCCGCGCCUGGUCGAGCUUUUGGCAACGAUCUCCACCUCCAGCUUCUGGAAGUGGUAUCAGUCCCACACGGGUCGAUAUCCCACGACGAGAGGUCUGGAAGGCGUACUAUGACACCCUGUCCGUGAUCUUACGACAUGAGCUGAUAUAUAAUCCGCGCACUGACCAGAAUGCGGAGCUGCUUGUCGUACCUACCGAAGGCGUAUACCAGCAGCAGUAUGUUGACGCGAAAAGCCGCCAACGAGCCGAGCUGAAACGGGUGGAAGCCACCUAUGAGUCGCUACUACUCAAUGAGACUCAGUUUCCGAAGGCCAGUCAAUCGAAUGCCGAGGUCGAAAGGUGGGUGGAAGAAGCUGUCGGUAACUGGCGAGUACUCUGCGGUCCGGAAUGGAGUGAUGAGGAAUUGGGCGAAGGUGGUAAACCUGCACUUGGCAAAGGCCUGCUCGACAUUCUGUACCGAGCAGCCACGAAAACAUUCCAUUCGACAGCCAUACUACGUCAGCUGUUUACCGUACAUGCCGCUAUUGGAGAGUUCGAGCUGGCACUGCAUGCAUUCAAAAGCUAUACCGAAAUCAUCAGCAAAGGCAAGGCGAGGGCCGAGAAGACUGGCAAGCAUGAGCUUGGCUUCGAUUCGGAUGACCUAGCCAUCGUUACAGCUGCAGAAGCGAUCAAGAUAUGCUGCAAGUAUGGCGACCGUGAAGAGGCCGAAAGGGCUCGGGACGUUGGCAAGGAUGUCCAGAAAUGGCUGCAACAACAGCGACCAGGCUCCGUCGAUGAAAUACAAGCCAGCGAUGACAACAAGGCUGCAGCUGCGGCACCGCCUCCACAUCCGACCGAAUCACAAUUGCAACCGAAGACACUCGCCAUCGCAUACAGUGCGAUUGGUGUAAGUCAAGCACAUUGGGCUCGUUUCACAUACGAGACCGACGCGCGGUCGGGACUUCAGACGGAUGCACUUGCCAACCUUACAAAGUCCCUAACAUACGAUCAACCUGAUGCCGAGACGGCGUUUGCCUUGGCCAAGUUGCAAGCUGAAAUGCAGAACGUUGAGGGUGCCGUUGCAGUGGUCAAGCGCGCUAUUGCCAUGGGUCAAGUAAGUGGAGACGAUAAUGGCGAUGGCAAGGUUGCAGCAGUCAGUCAGCGUGCGGAGCUGGUGCCAUUGUGGCAUCUGCUUGCCUUGUGUUUGACUGCUGGCGAAGACUAUGAAGCUGCCGCUCAGAUGUGCGAAGCUGCAUUCGACCAGUUGGGCAAUACGCACAUGUUGUAUGGAUCCGAUCAUACUCGAUCCUUACAACAACGCGGGCUUGUCGAUGCUAUGGACAGCUUCCAGAAGGACGCCCUUCUCCAAGUAAAGAUCAGUCAGUUGACUCUUGUAGAGCUUAUGGAGGGGCCUGAAAAAGCGGUCGAGUCCAGCGAGGAGCUCCUCAGGCUAUAUGUACGGCUUUUUGGCAGCUCCGCGCAACUCACGGCACCAACUAAGUCGCUGUCCGUCACCGCUUCCGCAGUGGUACCUCCGUCAAGGUCGAACGGCGGGGGCACGCUGCGCAGUAUGGCCGGAAGUAUUCGUCCCAAGUCAGCUCGCACGAGUGCAGAAAAGGAGACUCCGUCGCAUCCCGCUGCCGCAAGCAGCGGCAUCGAUGGCCACGGCCAAGGGUCACCGAUUGCCAUUACUGUUACUAACGAAAAUGGCGCAUCGGAGGAGAAGCGUCACCAUCACCAGCAUCACGAUCACCACUUACACCUCCCUUUUAAAAGCCGUGGGCACAACGGAGACACCCCCCAAGCCGCAAGUCUUCGCGCUAAGAGAAGCAUCGAAACGUCCGAUGAGAAAUCUGGGCUUGGCCUUGACGGCGUGGACAAGGCUCUCCCAGUGCCUCCGAGUGGUACCAAUAUAACGGACUACGCACAUAGCGCAGCAAACCCACCUGUGAUCAACAAUGCGGUCAACAACUCGGUCUCUCCUGACGCACCUACUGGUCCGCAGCAGCCACUUAAAGAGGCUGCGCACAACGCGCCCCACGACCAAUGGCCCGCGCCACCCGGCCACAACGAUCAACCCCUGGAGCAGGAUGUUCGCUUGCCUGCACCAUAUCCGGCUUCGAGUAGCGGUCAAUCUCCGACUGUCAGCUCCUCAGUUAGUUCGUCGCAUGAACGGCAGCACAAGGUCAGCAUUUUAGUCAAUGUCUGGCUGUUCGUCUCCGGGCUAUACAUUCGAGCCGGCUUCUUUGAAGAUGCUGAGGCAGCGAUACAAGAGGCGCGCAAGUUUGUUGAGGCGUUGGAGGCGGAGAAGGGAUCUCAGCAUGCCAACGCACGAGAGCUCUUCGUGAAGGGCUGGGGCGGCGGUAAGAGCGUUGAUGCAUUGUGGGCGGAUGUCUGGUGCGCGAAGGGCGCACUUGCAUCAGCCCGCGAGCUCCCAUAUGAGGCAAUGUCGAACUACGAGCAGACACUCAGCUUCUACCCCGAUCAUCCUGCGGGCAUCAUUGGCAUUUCGAAUCUUUCAAUGGACAUCUACGAGGAGAAGAUUCCCGCCGAGGAGCCGAAGCCGCUGCUUGAGCCCAUCACAACCGGGUCCGGGACACACAUCCACGAUCUCGUCGCGCUAUCAAGCUCCCCAUCACGCCCAACUACCGCAAAGUCAUCGCUUGCGGACGCGGGUCGCACUACUCCGCCGAGUGCGCGGACUAGGGAUCCGACGCCUGCGAUGCUCAACCGACUCGCGGCCCGGGAUCGUGCGUACAUGCUGCUGUCUAAUCUCACCAGGCUUGGCACCGGGUGGGAUAGCUCUGAGGCUUGGUAUACGCUUGCUCGUGCGUACGAACUCAGCAAGCAGAUUGACAAGGCCAAGCAGGCGCUGUGGUGGGUGGUGGAGCUCGAAGACUCGAGACCCAUGAGACACUGGAGUGAGGUGACGCCGGGUGGGUAUGUGCUAUAGGCACAGGAUGAAUAGCUAGAUCUGGCAUUGCAUAUUGUAGAUACGGCGGCUUGCUUCUAGCACGUGAUACCCUGGCGCGAGUAAUACAGAGCCAUUGCAUCGUUAUCUCAAGCA